AUGUCAGUGUCAAAGGUUGAACUGGGAGUUUUCACACCAGUACGCAUAUAUUUACUAGUAGCGAAAGUGCCCACAAAAAUCGAGUGUCAUUUUCACUAUUUAGACAUACAAGCGGUAGAGAGUAAGAAACCCACACAUUUUUCCAUCAUUACAAAUGAUCGACCAUAUUCAUUUGCCACAACAGGAGAUGCGGGGAAUUUUAGUUCGAAUGCUGAUGUCAUUUUAACAGAUUUAGCAUCGGCAAUAAAACAAAUAUUUCCCACAGUUCCUUUGAAGUACAUAAUAAGAAAAAUUGAUAUACAACCACCUGAACGGGAAACAAUAUUUUCAGAAGAAUUUCGACCCUCAGAUCCGCGUAAUGUUGGUCCUUGCGGAGGUUUUAGCACACAAUAUGCCUGCAUGUGUGAUUUCCAUGGUGUGCCCUAUAGAGAAGAGGUUGCCUGGGAUAUUGAUACGAUAUAUUUGUCACAUGAUACGCGCAUACUAAAUUUACGUGAUUUCGAUCAUUUGGAACCAAAAGACUUAAUGGCCAUCGUUUCGGCUUUGGAAUAUAACACAUUUUUUCGUGGCCUAAAAGCAUCACAUAUGAGACUCUCAAACGAAACUUUAGAACGAAUCCUGCACGUGCUCAAGCGUUCAAUGUGGCUGGAAGAGCUACAUUUGGAAGCCUUAGGUUUAAGAUCGGAUUUUCUACAUAAAUUAGCUGUUUCUGUGAUUACGAACAACAAUCCCGCUAUACGUACUAUUGAUUUAAGUCAUAAUUUAAUCGAAGACAAAGGUGCUAUACACCUUGCCGGUCCCAUUGCCAAAGUAUCCAAGGGUUUAUGCAAAUUAGCACUUGCACAUUGUGGUCUAACAUCGAAAGGAGUCAAUCAAAUGUCACAUUCGUUAUCUUUAAAUCAAAGCAUUUCGAAUUCGCUCACAUAUUUAGAUUUAAGUGGCAAUAGUCUCAAGGAUGAUAUUACUAAUCUACAUAACUUUCUGGCACAACCAAAUGUUUUAGAAUAUUUGGAUCUCUCUUCGACUGAUAUAACUUUAGAGAAUUUAUUUGGUGCCCUCUUACGUGGUUGUGCAACGCAUUUAGCUCACUUAAAUGUUUCACACAAUUCAUUUAGCACAAAAAAAGGCAAAGAGAUACCACCAUCGUUCAAGCAAUUUUUUACGAGUACAUUAAGUUUAAAACAUUUAAAUAUUGCCGGUUGUAAAUUACCAAUGGAGGCAUUGAAAAAUUUACUACUUGGCUUAGCAUGCAACGAGUCAACAGCUGGGCUGUACUUAGAUUUAAGUGGCAAUACAUUAGGUGCCCAGGGCGCACACGUUUUGGAAUCAUGCAUACAUGGUGUUCGUGUUCUUCAAAGUUUAGAUAUUAGUGACAAUAGUAAGUACUAAGAAAUAAGUG